CGCUGGUAGUAAAUAUAAUACAGAGAUAGCACGCCGCAAGCAUAAGUUUGAGCUGGCUAUCAGUGCAGAAUUGAGAAUGAAUUUUUUUUAUUGCCAGCGCAGCCGGCAUUGGCUAUAUUGCCUUGGGUUCAAUUGUUUUACCCAACGCAGCAUAAAAUAAAAUAGGCUGUGAUAUGAUGUUCGAACGAUAAGGUGAGCUGUUGCAUACGAAAAUUACAAGGCAAACAGUAGUUGAAUAUGACAAAGCGGAUAAUAGAAGCAAGUGUCGGUGGCAACCACGGAUCUUCGACAAUUAGUAGGCGGUCUUCCAAGUUUCUUGUGGUGGAUUUUACAAAUGAUAAUGAAGAGAUCGCACACAAAUCAUUCAACGUGCACCAGAACCCACCAGCCCAAGAUUUCUACCAUCUGAAGCAGCGUUGCAUAGCGGAGGGAACACUUUUCGAGGAUCCGGACUUUCCACCGGAUCAUAGCUCCCUAACAAAACGUCCCACCAAUCCGGAUCCGGCGAUCGAAUGGCUACGUCCCGGUCAAAUGUGCCGAAAGCCCAAGUUCUUCAUCGACGGUGCCUCUCGGUUCGACGUUCGACAGGGCAGUCUCAACGACUGUUGGCUCCUGACGGCGACCGCUAAUCUUACCGCUAAUCAACGACUCUUUCGGAAGGCAGUUCCUUUGGAUAAUUCCUUCGCCGAAGACGAAUACGGUGGAAUAUUUCACUUUCGUUUCUGGCAGUUUGGACAAUGGGUUGACGUAGUGAUCGAUGAUCGUCUCCCGACUCGGAAGGGUGAGUUGAUCUAUAUGCGGUCUAGCCACAAGAACGAAUUUUGGAGUGCACUGCUGGAGAAGGCGUACGCUAAGCUGCACGGUUCGUAUGAAGCACUGAAUGGUGGAACAGCCAGAGAAGCGAUGCAAGAUUUUACUGGAGGCAUUACGGAGGCCUAUCGGUGGAAAGGGGCAGACACUCCACCAGAAAAUUUAUUCGAGAUCAUACACAGUGGGUUCGAAAGGGGAUCUAUGUUCGCUUGCAACAUUCUGCCUGACCCAAAAAGUUCGGCAGUUCACACCCCGGAAGGUUUACUAAGAGGCCACUCAUAUUCCAUUACCAAAGCACACGUUUUCGAUCCCACCUUGCACCAAUUGGUGCGGCUACGCAACCCGUGGGGUGACGGUAUCGAGUGGAGUGGCCCUUGGAGCGAUCGAUCCAAGGAAUGGGAUGCGAUUCCCAAAGUUCAACGGAAGGAGAUAGGGCUCACCAUCGACAACGAUGGCGAAUUUUGGAUGAAUUUUAAAGAUUUUCUUCGUUGUUUCGACCGUAUAGAAAUUUGCAAUUUGUCGCCAGAUCCUUUAGACGAUCCGGAAACUAAGCUGCGCGGCUGGCAGGUAUCAACAGUCGAUGGAGAAUGGGUAAAAGGAUCCACUGGUGGUGGAUGUAUUGAUUUUAUGGAAUCGUUCUGGACAAACCCACAGUAUGUGAUAAGGCUGAACCAACCGGAUCGUGAUGGAAACACUGGAAUGUGUACGGUCGUUGUUGCGCUCAUGCAGAAACAUCGUAGAGCUGAGGAUCUUGCCAGUUUGACCAUUGGUUUCGUUGUUUAUCGAGUUACCGAAGAAGAUCUCCGUCAUAAGCCAGUUCCACUGAAAUUUUUCAAAAAGAAUGCAUACAGAAUUGUUUCGCGAUCCAUUUACAGUAAUUCGCGAGAGGUCAGCUGCCGAUUGAAACUAAGUCCCGGAAUCUAUCUAAUUUUACCUACUACCUUGCAACCCAACGAGGAGGGUGAAUUUUUACUUAGAAUUUUCUCCGAAAUGCAAAACUGUUUGGAAGAGAACGACUGCACGAUUUGCUUCGGAACAAUGGAUGAUCGAGUGUCCGGGCCAUUGCUGGAAAACGGCGACUGGGAGCAGAUGGUUCGUUCUUUCUACGAUAUGGCCGAUCGAAAGGGAGAAAUUGAUCACCUAGCGUUGGGUGCAAUUUUAAAUAAAUUCUUUUUCGCUCCUCCACCGAAACCGAAAAAACGUUCAAGCUUUUGGAAAGAUGUUCAACUGAGAUUUCAGCAUGUUUUAUUUUGCUUCUGGAUUUGCUCGGUUCGACCAAAGCAGCCCAACGGACGUGCAAGCACGGUAAACCGAGCUGUUGUACAGAAGAUUUCUCAACUGCUUAUCUCGCGGGUUAACUUGAACAAGUCGGCGCAAUUGAACUACGAUCAAUUUCGUACGGUCAUCCGAGAUGUACAACAAUGGCAGGCUGUUUUCAAACUGUACGACAAGGACAACAGUGGUCACCUCGAUCGAAAGGAGCUUAAAAAUGCACUGAACUCUUCCGGUUUUAACGUUAACAAUCGUGUUCUUCAUGAACUCAUGAAGCGAUGCCGAGAGCGAGGACUGGAAUCAAUGGAGUUAGUGGAUUUCGUGUUAUGUGCCGUAGAAGGACGGAAUGCUAUUGAAAAACUGCAACUGAAGGAUAAUCAAGCUCCCAACUCUGCCAUCAGUCGAAUCAAAUAGCACGUCACUAUAAAUGCAAUGCUUUACACACGCUUACAAAAAAAUCAAUGUGCCAAUACUUUUAUUAGAAGCUGUAAUCAAUACGUAUUAUAUUAUGCUGAUAAAUGAAUGACAAUCAACAAAUCGCUAUAAGUGGGAUAAAAAUAUUAAAUGCUUAUAUAUACAAACUAGCUAAUAACGGAAGCCGUUAUUCUCUGUUAUUCUAUUUCAAUUUUAGUGAAAUAAAAAUAAAGCAACUAACCUGCGGUAAGUAGCAGGAACUAAAAGCCCUAAACAUUACUUCUUUUAAG